AUGUGUAUAGGCAUAACCAUUAGUAAUAUUAGUCCACCGGGUCAGAAGAUGCCUCUAGUGUUAUCCCAAAUGACAUCACUUCACGCUACCGUGAGCCUCCCACUUCGCCACAAUCCAAACCGCAAAAAGCUAUCGUGCGCAGCUGCAUUAUCACCUCCGCCAUGGAAACAGAGCCGGCGAGUUAUCUCCGUCUCCUUCUUCCUCUCCCGCCUCCUCCUCCUCCCUAACGAUGCUAUGGCUGGUAGCUUAAUGGAUAAAUACGUCAAGAGGAAAAAACUUGAUCCACUUGAAGCAUAUGUACCACCAGUGAUUCUAGCUCAGUUACAAAUCCAGGAUCUUGAGGAAUUUUUGAAUGUGGAGAAGCCUGAAUUCGAGGCGUGUAGACGCCAAUUGCGGUCUGGUCCUGCUAGUUCUUUGCGUGUAAACAUUCGAGCUGUUGCUCAGUAUGCUUCAGAUGAUGGUUUUUCCAAAACUGCGACUGAUGAUGUUGAUCGUUGUUUAAGAGCAUUGGAAGAACUGGAUUCGUUGUUUCUACGUGCGUCAAGGAAAGAUUCAAAUGCAACUGUUGAGUUGAUGAAGUCACAGCUUGGAACAGCGUUAACCGCACUGGACAGUCUUCUACAAACGGUUCCUUCUCAAGUGCUUGAUAAAGGGAAAGCUAUGGUGGAAGUCUACAGAUCAGCAUCUGAACAAGAAGCGGGAAGUGAUGAUUUAGAAUCCUCUGAGAUAAAGCAGCUCCAGUCCAUACUGUGAGAGGGAGGUCACAUGACUAUUACUAUCCAAAAACAGUUGUUGAUCUUACAACAUUGGUAUCAAACUCUUCUGAUUUCGUGUAUAUCCUGUAUUGUUAACUUCAGUUGAUGAAGGUUUCUGCAUAUAUUAAAACCAGAACAGUGUG